AUGCGAAGCCUCCCGCGUGAGAUACUUGACAAUAUUGCCAAAUUCCUAUCCCCUUUUCAGGUCAAAGCCAUGGGAGACUCGUUCGGGUUCGUUGAUGAGAAUCAGUCACACCGUCUCUGGAGAGCCAUAUUUAAAGAUGAAGUAUGGCUGAAAAAGGCAAUUGGCUAUGGCGCUGAGCCUGUGCUUAUUGGUUCUCAUAUAAAUGAUGUGGCUGCCCAAACAGGAAGAAAGCGACCGGUUUACAUAGUUCUACAUACCAACGACUUUUCAGGUGACACAUUUCAUGAUGGCAUGCCCUCUUUACUUCAAAGUUUGAGGAACCGCCACUCAUACAAUGAAAAGACUCAUGAGGUGACUCUACCCAAGAUCAGUUGGCGAAAUGCAGCCAAUGAAAAACUUACAAUCCCCAAAAUUAUACUCAAUGUCUACGACAUUGCGAAAGGUGCAGAGACGAUGGAGCUUGAGGGUAAAAAAACUCGAAAGCUCUUUGAAAAGGCAACUUUUACAUCAAAAUAUUCCUUCUACACGUGUCCUAAAAUCCAGACCUUGGAAAGAAAGGAUAUUUACGGGAUUGGAGGGGCAGUUUCCGAGAUUAGCGGGCUUACCCCCAUUUGUGUCUUUAACCUUCGAACAACCAGCAAAAAAUGGCAAAUCAUAUUUUGCGAGCCGGGUUACCGAGGUGGUACCCCGUAUUACGAAGGCGAGAAGUACAAGCCGCACACAAUUCUUGGGUGGCGACGCUAA